CUUGUGUGUUAACGAUUCGAUUGUUCGUAUUAUUAAAACUAAUGUAUAUUUAAUGUCAAGAGAUAAGAUUUCUUUUAUUUAUCCUUUUUUUUUUUUUAAUUCAUAAUAAAUAAUAGUAAAAAUAAAAAUAGUAUUUUCUUAAAUCUUAUUUGUUAGUAUCAAGUUAGUAUCGAAAUGGAGGAUGGCGGUUGGAAAAGAGAGGACAUCACAAGCGAUAUGGUAAACGAACUGCAUGAAAAAAUAUGGGAUGUGCCCCGAGCACUCAAGGAAGCAUAAAUGAUAACGGAAUGGGUUCUAGAGAAACUGGUAUUGAAGCAUAUCAAAAAGUAGAGCGUGAAAUCGCUAGAGAAGAACAAGCUGCACCGGCCCCAUCUUUAGGUCACGAGAUGGCAAAACUAGAUCGUUUUAUUGCAGAUAUAGAAAAUCUUAUGAGUCAGCUCAGUCAAGAACGUAUAGCAGAUGUUGAAAUGACAUCCAACGACCGAUUUUCCCAAAGAUAUCUUAAUCCAAGAAUCGUAGAUGAAAGUGACAACGCGAUUCGGACUGUCAUGGUAGAACUACGAAUAAAUUUGAAUCAAAUACUUGCAAUAGAACACGAAGAAUUCAUUGCUAAUCUUAAUCGAAAAUCUAUAAAACUGCACCAUUUAAAUUGGUUAAGUCAAAUGAGAGCUAGAAGUGAAGAAGAAAUAUCAAAACUUAGUAUAAGAGUACAACAUUUACAGAAACUUUAUGAAAGUCAAGAACUAAUAAUAAAAAAUUUAGUUGGAAAUAAAUCAUCAAAUACCGGGCAAUUAGAACGGGAGUUGGACAGGGUUCGUAGUUAUCGAGAUACAUUAGUUAGUGGUGAAUUGUCGUGGAAAGAUGCUACGUUAUUCGCACAAGACUCUGCUGAUUAUAGUCGUACAGCAUAUAAAAGUUGGCAAUCACUGCAAACCGAAGAAGACGAAUCCAUAAGAUUUCGCCAAGCAUUAAAAACUAGAGACUCAAUGCACAAAGCAGCUCUAUGUGUUCGAAUGGCACAGACCAUGUUGCCUGGUGUUCAAUUCCCGUAUUGUACUUCAAGAGAAGUAUUCGCUAUUCUACAAGUGAUUGAAUACUUGUUUACUGAUUUACAAGUUUCAGAAAGAUUUGGUCAUGCUCUAGAAGUUUAUAAAAGUUUUAACAAAAGAGCGGCAGCUUUAACUCAAUGGCUAAAACAGACAACAGAUGAAACUAUACAUAAAGAUGUUGAAGAAGUGGAUGAACGUAUCAAUGAUUUGGUAAACACACUUAGUCAAGAAAGAACAAUGAAUAGGACAGAGUUUCGCGAGACCAAUUCAGAACGGUACAACAUACUAGGAUCUCAUCAACACAUUGUUACUAAAUGGCUUGGCAAUAUCAUGAGACCUAAAAAAAAAUAUAAUGAGCUGCAUUCAAGAUUUCGUUUAUAACUAAAUAUGGUCAAAACUGUUUCAUAAUUAUUAAUAGUUACCUAUUAUAGUGAUUACAAUAUAAGCGAUUAAUGUGCUUGUCUACCUAACCUGGAAGCUCCGUUACUAGCAACAGAUUAAUAUUUUAAAGAUAACUUUUAUUUAAUAAUACAUAAUAAGUGUAGGUACCUACUGAAAAAGAAAU